CGAUAUGAUGACUUCACCACCAGUGUUAUAUGUCAUGGGGACAAUAGUGUUAUAAAGGAGGGGCACAAGAGUUUUCCUAGUGGGCAUUCUUCAUGGUCUUUUGCUGGCUUGGGCUUUCUUGCAUGGUACCUUGCUGGUAAAAUUCAAGUUUUCAAUCGGAGGGGCCAUGUUGCCAAAAUUUGCAUUGUGUUGGUUCCUCUUCUCUGUGCAUCGCUUAUUGCAAUUUCUCGAGUAGAUGACUAUUGGCAUCAUUGGCAAGACGUUUUUGCAGGGGGAAUUUUAGGAUUGGUGGUUGCUUCAGUUUGCUAUUUACAAUUCUUCCCUCCACCUUAUCAUGCAAAUGGUAUGUUUUAAUGUUGGGA